CCUCCCCCUCGACCCAAAUGACAAGCUAUUGGAGUCGCUCGUUCGCUGUUGCUAACAAAACCACGGAAAUAAAGCUGCAAUGCGGCCACUUUCAUCGUCAUUUGUAGCUUCUUAGUUGAGGUAACGCAGCGUCUGUAACCAGUCGGCCUUCAUCGACCAUUCUUUCGCCAGCAAGUCAUCUGCAGGGGGCGCGCACUGGAACAGUCAGAAGUUAGAUGCCAAGUUAACAUUAGCUGGUUUGCUUUGACAGCUAACCGUUGACGCUAACUAGCUUCUCUCGGGGCCGGUCGACGUCAUUUUCAAAACAAAUCCCGCAAAAUCGAGCGGUCGAGGCUGGACUGUCACCAUUCUACACAAGUGCUUUUUUUUUUUUUUUUCUUGCCUGCUUCGCUUAACGUUAACAGGCAGAUAACACCAUACUGCUGACGGCGAGGCUAACUUUGUGUUUAUUUCUAAGAGCAAGCAGCUUCUGUUUAGGUUCUGCUGCGAUCGUGAGAUUUCAAUUAAGUUGGUGUUGAGCUAGAGUGCUCUGUUGAUUUAAAAAGCCACUUAAGUUCUUUUGAAUCUUGGAUUUAAAUGUCCGAAAAGAGCUCAGCGUCCGGUUCAGACGAAGAUGUGGAACCAGAAUCCGUACAACCUGUGGAGUUCGGGGGCGUGUUGAGCAAGUGGACCAAUUACAUCCACGGAUGGCAGGACCGAUGGGUCGUGUUGAAGAACAACGCUUUGAGCUACUACAAGUCAGAAGAUGAACGGGAAUAUGGCUGCAGGGGCUCUUUGUGCCUCAGUAAGGCUGUCAUCACACCCCAUGAGUUUGACGAGUGUCGUUUUGACAUCAGCGUCAACGACAGCGUGUGGUACCUCCGAGCUGAAGAUCCCGAGCACAGACUCCAGUGGAUCGAGUCCAUUGAGUUACACAAGGCGGAGUCCGGGUAUGGGUCAGAAUCUAGUCUGAGGCGUCAUGGUUCCAUGUUGUCUCUCACCUCAGCAGCCAGCGCCUUGUCUGCCACGUCCACAUCCUCUUUCAAGAAGGGACACAGGCUAUGUGAGAAAUUAGCCGAAAUGGAGACCUUCCGGGACAUCCUUUGCAGACAAGUGGAUACGUUGCAGAAAUAUUUUGACUCUUGCGCUGAUGCUGUCUCCAAAGAUGAGUUUCACAGAGACAAAGUGGAAGAGGAUGAAGAUGACUUCCCUGCUGCCUCAAGACCAGACGGUGAAUGUUGCUACAACAAUAACGGAAGCAAAGAGAAACUGUUUGCCCCCGCUAGUCCCAAAGGCAUCAAUGGUAUUGACUUCAAGGGAGAGGCCAUCACCUUCAAGGCCACCACAGCGGGCAUCCUGUCCACUUUGUCACACUGCAUUGAGCUGAUGGUCAAACGUGAGGACAGCUGGCAGAAAAGGCUGGACAAGGAGCUAGAGAAGAGGAGAAGGGUAGAAGAUGCCUAUAAGUCUACUGUCCACGAACUGAAGAAAAAGUCACACUAUGGAGGCCCGGACUACGAGGAGGGGCCCAACAGUUUGAUCAACGAGGAUGAGUUCUUCGAUGCGGUGGAAGCUGCGCUCGACAGACAAGACAAGAUCGAAGAGCAGUGCCAGUCGGAGAAGGUCAGGAUCCCUCGACUGACUCCCGUUCCGCCCGGCGACGUCUACUCAAGCAUCGGCACACACAGAUUCGCUACCAAGGCACGUAGUCAUUGCUCUUCCCUGUCCUCUGUCGAGCUAGUCAGUGCUUCAGAUGACAUUCACAGAUUCAGCACUCAGGUGGAGGAAAUGGUUCAGAAUCAUAUGACUUACUCGCUUCAGGACGUGGGCGGUGACGCCAACUGGCAGCUGGUCAUCGAGGAAGGAGAGAUGAAGGUGUACAGAAGAGAAGUGGAAGAGAACGGGAUCGUGUUGGAUCCCCUCAAAGCGACGCACGCUGUCAAAGGGGUGACGGGACACGAGGUGUGCCACUACUUCUGGGACACCGCCGUACGCUUGGACUGGGAGACCACCAUUGAAAACUUCAACGUGGUGGAAACGCUCUCCGACAACGCCGUUAUCGUUUAUCAGACACACAAGAGGGUGUGGCCAGCCACUCAGAGAGACGUGCUCUAUCUGUCAGCCAUAAGGAAGAUUCUGGCAACCAAUGAAAAUGAUCCCGACACCUGGUUGGUGUGCAACUUCUCUGUGGACCACGAAAAUGCGGCUCCUUCCAAUCGCUGCAUUCGAGCCAAAAUCAACGUUGCCAUGAUCUGUCAAACUCUGGUCAGUCCACCAGAGGGCGACAAAGAGAUCAGCAGGAACAACAUCUUGUGUAAAAUUACUUAUGUGGCCAACGUAAAUCCUGGCGGUUGGGCGCCGGCCUCGGUGCUCAGAGCCGUCGCCAAGAGAGAGUAUCCCAAGUUCCUCAAACGUUUCACCUCCUACGUCCAGGAGAAGACUUCGGGCAAAGCCAUCCUGUUUUGAGAGGACGUGAAGGGUCGUCCCCCGAAAGACGAAAGCGUGCAACAUGUGUCCUGCCCCAAGACAACCAAGGACCCCCUUCAACACAAGAAACUGCUCGAGUCCAUCAGUAUUUGUCCUUUCAGCUUAACAUCUGUGGGUCCUUUUAUACAUAAGGUUUCCUCCUCAGUGGUUUUCGAAUGAUUGUUAUUGGCUUUUGUGUUUAUUUUGUAGAUUAUUUUGUACAUUUUUUUAUGAUCACAAUACUUGUUGUCUUUUGGGGCUAACCGAUAGCAUCGAUGCUACUUGUUUGCUGCUGCUAAAGAGAGAAAAGUGUGAGUGAGUGUUUCUCGCCUCCCGCCCCUCUUGUGACGACCGAGCCCGCGGUCCGUGGAGGCCGAGCACCCGAAGCUUUUUUUGACCGUGUUUCUCUCCGAAAACUUUAUAUUUGUACGGCUUCUCCGGAGAGCGACCGUGAGACACGACGUAUUGUACAGACAAACCACACUUAGUUUACCAAAGUGAUAAAUGUGAAUUGACUGUUAAAACGCUUGAAUUAGAUGCCGGUAGAUGUCUCAUUGACAACAGAUGCUAUGUCACAGCUUAUCUGCUUGCACCAGGUGGCCAUUUUGGUUGCCGUGGCUCCUGGUAUAAAAGAUUCCUCUCUUUAAUCGAGAGUUAAGUAUGUUUCUUGAUUUUUAAUGCGUCCACCCCCCUGACCUUGACUAAGUUUGUCUUGACUCUGUUAUUUUUGUCUACGUGCACAUUGAGUAAUAUCACCUUCACACAAAAUUUAGCAUUCCAGCGCUACUAUUACAUUUCACGUGGCACACUCCAGUGCACAGUGACUGAUAAUGAUUAACUACGCCCGGGGAUGCCUUAGACACCAGCAUGAGUCUGGUCAUUGUUACUAUACAACCACCACAUGUGCAUUUAUCAACAGUGACGGAAAGUGUGUUUUAGUGUGGUUGGGGGCGAGGGUGGGAGGUUCAGCAUUUCACAUCAUGAUCAUACCUCAACAUUCAAAAGAACUCUGGGUUGUUUUGCAUUCGUUAGCCUUGUCAUCAAAUUAGAUUUUUUUUUUUUUGGAGCACUCGUCCUCCAGCUGGCAGAGUUCAAGAAGGAUUUUGGAUGAUUAAUUUAUAAGAUCUGCGCAUCAUGUCCGCUGAGGAAUACAGCUAUUGUUUUUAAUUUUGAUAUCGUGUCACUAAUCUGCACACUUUGUACGUGUGUAAGUUGUACAUCAGAAGUGUUAUUUGCACUAAAUGUAACGCAAGUUGACAAUGUCAUGUAAAUUAAAAUUGCUACACAGAA